AUGCGGAGUCUCCUCAAGGCCGCCACCAUCCGGUCUCGUUUCGACCGGUAUCCCGGGUUCCGAUUCCAGAACCUCCGCGACGGGCUUCCGAUGGAGACUCCGCGUUCCUUCCUGUUGACGUCGUCCGACUGGCAAGAGGACUCUCCGGUCGCCCGGAGAUCGUCGUUCGCGUGCAUCAUAGUGGAUUUGAUGAUGGCGAGCUACGGAGUUGAUGUGGCUGAAGAGGUUGGGAUCCCGGUUACGUGUUACUGCAAUUCGCUCCGGUCCUUCAGAUACGAGAUUUUCAAACGGAUCGUGAAUGCCGUGACACAAGCCCACCGGGCAGGCGCUAUAAUACUUCAUACAUUUGAAGAGCUAGAAGGACCGGCAAUUGCUCAAAUACACUCUCAAUGUCCGAAUGUUUAUGCAAUCGGACCACUCCCUGAACACCUGAAGACUAGACUCACUCCCCUUAUCCCUUCAAAAUGCGUAAAGAAACAAGAUGCGACUGAGAAAGAAUGGAAAAAUCAAAUUCCGCCCAAGCUCCUUGAGGAAUCGAGGAGAAAGGGGUACAUAGUUGCAUGGGCUCCACAGGAGGAGGUUGUGGCUCAUAGAGCAGUUGGUGGGUAUCUGACUCAUUGCGGAUGGAGUUUAGCUAUGGAGAGCAUCAUUGCGGGAGUUCCAAUGCUAGGCACUUAUGAUCGAGUCAUAAUCGAGAAGAUGAUAAACGAGCUGAUGGAUACCAUGAGAGAGAAGUUUUCGCAAUCGACAAAUGAAAUGGCAAAACUGACUAAAAAAGAGAAGUUUUCGCAAUCGACAAAUGAAAUGGCAAAACUGGCUAAAAAGGCUGUUGGUAAAGGUGGGUCAUUGGACACCUAUUGA